UGGGAGUGAUGUGAACAACUGAAGGGAGGGCGGAGGAGGAGAAGAAGAAGAGGGAGAAGAAGGAGUCGAGGAAGGGGAUAGAGUGUUGCAGAGUCUUCUGGACGAAUUUCCGACCUGGGGCCAAUUUUAGGACACCUGCGUCACGUUGCUGUUGUCUGGAGAUUGGGCCUGGCUGGAACCUCUUCUGUAGAAUCCUUGACUCUCCCUUGAAUCUCCUCAAAAAAUCUCAGCUCUCAAUCAGCCAGCUCGUGAUAAGAACCCGCUGUGCUGUAGCUUCUGUAGAAGCGACUCAGGAGUAGGAGGAAGACAAAGGAGAUAGGAGAGAGGGUGAGACACAAGUUUGUUCCAAUCCGCAGGUGUUUACACAGAAACUCGCGAAUCUUUCAGGUGUGGAGGUUGGUGGGUAGUGAAUCGUGGAGGUUUUGGUUCCACGGGGUUUUUCUCGCAUGCUCGAGGUAAUAGAAUUUUCAAGAGGUGUGAAGGGUUCACAAAGCGGCAGUUAGAAGGUGGUGGAGUUGUUGUCUCGUGGAGUCUCGUUAGACGCAGGAUUCAGGUUUACAGGAAUUCAGGAAGAGGAAGGAAGGGAUGCCCUGUGAAUUCCUGGCGCAACGAGGUGUGGAGGUUACUCGACAGCUCAAAUCGGAUUGACGGAUGGACCAUCUCCACCGGUGAUUCUGGAAGAAUGCCUGCAGAAUUGAGGGAUGCCCCACUGAUGGAGUAACGCGUGCGAAGAAUUCGAAGCAGACUAGAAGACUUACAGGACAACAAUUCACAAUUUCAGUCAACAGGGGCCAGGAGUGAAGCACAUGCUUGGGUCGGUGUGCUUCAGGCGGUCUCUCAACAAGUGCAAGUCAAUUUUCUCAGCAACGGUGGCGCUGUCACAGUCACACCCUUCUAGUCCUCACACUUACUCGACUAAGCUCAUCUCCCGUCGACCGACGUCUACAAAUCUCCCUCGUACCAUUCGCCGAUCGCGCCAGAGGGAUUUCCCUUCGGCGCGGUCGGACCCCAAGGCCUCCUAUGUCAAAUCGUCUGUGGUCGACUCGCACUCUCAGAAUUGUUCCACGCGUUUCCAUCACCACUCAAGCUCGUGCUUGUUGGCUGGGAAUGGAGCUAUCGGAGCGACUAUCUGGCACGCGCUCCUGCCAUCCCGGCACUUGACAUCGGCCGAGAGGGAAAUAAUCUUGCCCACCAGAAAGAACAGCGACGCAGGUGUCGUGAGCGUAGGGCUGGGAAGCAGCAAAGCUAUUCACGGUGACUUGGGGACAUCUGGUAGUUCUACACUCGCGUUUAAGCCCGGAACACUGGGAGUAGAGGGGCUAGGAGCGACCGCUGAUGGAUUCCAGGGCAGAUUUAGAGGUAUAAACAGCAGAUUUGCUAUGGCCGCCGGACUGAGGGAAGGCUCGUGGAAUGUUGCCUGGGACGCCAGACCGGCUCGGUGGUUGCACGGGCGACACUCUGCCUGGCUUCUUUUUGGAGUUUGUGCCUGUUUUUCAGCUGCUGCCGGUGCUCCUGUCCCGUUGAUUUCAACUACUGGCACUUACACCAUUGCCGAGCCCGAUAGAACAAUGGCUGCUCUUGCCGAUUCGGAAGGUGGAGACAAGGAUUGCCAAGUAUCUCAUGGGAAGCAGGUUUACACGAAGUACUCUGUCACCGGUAUUCCUGGAGAUGGCAGAUGCCUUUUCCGAGCCGUGGCCCACGGAUCGCUACUAAGAAAUGGCAAGGAGGCUCCUGAUGAGUGUCAGCAGCGGGAACUUGCGGAUGAUCUUCGACGAAAGGUCGCAGAUGAGUUGACGAAGCGUCGAGAUCAAACAGAGUGGUUUAUAGAAGGCGACUUCGACAUGUACGUCAGCCGCAUGAGGCAACCUCAUGUCUGGGGCGGGGAGCCUGAACUUUUGAUGCUAUCGCACGUUCUCCAGAUGCCGAUCACUGUCUACAUGGCAGACCGCAACACGAAAGGUGGACUUAUUGCUAUAUGCGAGUACGGCCAGGAAUAUAGUACCGACAAUCCCAUCCGCGUACUAUAUCAUGGAUUCGGGCACUACGAUGCUCUGCAAAUCUACGGCGAGGGAGCUACCGCUUCUAAGCUUUGAAUGCCAUCUUGGAAAUGAUGAAGCAACCGAAUUGUCCAUACAGCACCAACUGCGGCAGAUUCAGUCUUGUAGCUUAGAAGAAGAGAAGUAGUUGACAACUCUGUAACGGUCUCGUAGUCACCAAUUGUUACAAUCAUUUCAUAAUACGAACAGAGGCAAUAAUGUAUUGCUCUCUUCAUAUCUCAGUAGAGUGUUUGAUUAGGAUAAAGAGCUGAUCCCAUUAUUAUUACCGACUAGUAAGUAAUGCUAGUAGUUUUGAUAGCGUAGAGGAAAUCGACUUUAGGAUGUCGCUGAAUUGGUAGAGAAGACAACUGUCUAUGCUUAGAUAUUUGCGGUAGAGGCCGAGUGACAGUUACUAGAAGUGACAGUGGCCAAUUAAAACUUGUAGAAAGGAAGGACACUGAGGUCGUAGACGUAGAGAGAUAGAGAAGAGCGCAGUGAGGUUUAGUGUUAGUGUGAUGGUCGACGAGUGCUUGGGGGCAAUAGGAAAGCCUUUCUCAAACUGGGGUUGGUAAGUUGGCCUCAGAUGAGGAACCAGCAGUGGUCACAAACAUCACCAAUCAUUCUUGUAUCCAUUUCCCAAGCAAAGCAGCAAUUGUGGAUCAAAUUUUUAAUUUGUACCUUUUGGUACUACAUCAUAUAUUUAUUCUUAAAUGAGUGUGUUUCAAGGCAGGCGGG